AUGCGCUGGAAAAUGCUGGAACCCGAAUUCGUGAUUUCCUGUUUCUUUAACGGAUGUGCUGAAGCAAUUAGAACGCUUGGUGUUUUGUGGGCGCCGAUAAACAUCAUCAUCGACAAGUUCGAGAGAGAGAUGGCACUGUUCAUCCAAGAUCUUUUGGACGAACACUGUACCCUAACUCUUGGUCAAAUAAGAGACAAAUUGCUCCAUAAUUUACAACACCACCUUCAUUUUCUUCGCCCACACUCUCCUUUCCUCAAUCCAAUUGAAGAGUGCCUUUCAAAACUCAAGACACUUGUCAAGAGAAAGUCUGUGUUGGCCUGUGGUCCAUUGUUGGAGUAUAUCGCUGAGUGCAUCAGCCAUAUUGCUAUGGAAAACUGCCAAGGCUGGGUUGAUCAUAGCAUUAGCUUCUUUCGCCAAUGUACAAAUAGCCAAGAAAUCAAUUGA